AUGUCUAAGGAUGACUCUGAUGAGAUCCAUGGAUAUGAAACACACCCAUGGAACACGCCAAUGAAUGCUAGCAGAGCAGCAGCUGAUGAAAAGAAGGAGACUUGCACAGAAACAGGACAGAAUGGUUUCUAUUUCUAUAGGAAAAGUAACUUACAGAGUGUAAAAGCGAGUCCCAUGACACUGAUAGUCAGGCGGGCCACAGGACAGGAAGAAAGGACGUCAGUAGUUGGCUCUCUAAGCGGUGUUUGCCAAGACGCUAACAACCUAACAUUAGGCACUAACCUAUACAGGCGCGACUCCACAGUCUCCAUAGCCUCCCCCUCCCCCUCACCAGCGAGCGAUCAGACAUUAUCCAUCCAAUCCCAGACAAAAAGAAUCCCUGGCCUCGUGGCUAGCACGUUCCCUGCCAAGAAGGAGCUAUGCAGCUGCCUUUUUGAGCAUCGCACUCAGCCACGCGGUUGA